GAGCACCAGGCGACCACGCACCAACCAUUCCCUCCUCCAUCGCACGCAACCCAGAUGCCAUCUCCCGUCCCGUGCCUCUCCCCCGUCCCCGCCGUCGCCGGCGCCCCGGCGGCUCGUUCCUCGCCGCCACACCUAUCCCCUCCCACCUCCUCGCCCCCCGCCACCGCUUUCUCAUGCCCUGGAGACCGUCUCCGGCCUUCCUCCCCGCCGCAUGCCUAGCCCUUCCCCACUUCCCUGCCUACCCGCCUCCGCUUCCACCUAUGGCCCCUUCCCGUCCCCAAACCGCGGAUCCAGAUUUCCCCCCUCCCCCGGGCCGGCGCCGGCGCCAACAGCGGCUCAAAAAACGGGAUCUUUCGUCCCUCUCCAGCCGGUCGACCUGAUCUCCCGUUUCAGCUGGUUACCCCGAAGGCCAACGGCGUCAGGCCGGUCCAGAUCUGGCGGCUCUACUCCGGCGACCUUCUGUAUGCAGUGCUGUGAUGAAUCACAAGGCCGGUAUCUGACUACAAGACUGGUUGGAUGCAUCACUUAAUGAUGCUGCACCAUCUUCUCUUCUCAUACUUUCAAGAGCUUUUACCCUGGCUGGGAGAAUGAAACCCGUGGAUGCUGUUGUAGCAACAGUGUCUUCUUUGCCAGAUGAAGUUGUGGAUACAAUUGGGACAGUAUUGCCAUCUGAAGAUUCGGUUUCUGAGAGGAGGAGAAAACUGAAAUUCCUUGAGAUGCAGGAAGAACUUAUCAAGGAGGAAGAGAAGAAGAAAGAGAAAGAGGAGAAGGCAAAACAAAAGAAGGAAGAAAAGGCAAAUCUCACAGAACAGGAGGCUGGUGAAGAAGAUUUGGCUUUAAAGGAAAUGACUGGGCCUACUGCUAGGCAAGAAGAAGAAAUAAUAUUAGCAAAACAACAUGACCAGGAGCAGCUCUGUAAUAUCAGUCGAACAUUGGCUGUGCUGGCAUCUGCAUCGUCUGUUAGCAAGGAGCGUCAAGAGUUCCUGAGCCUUGUCAACAAGGAGGUUGAUGCUAUGCUUGAGAAUUAGAAAAGGAGAUUGAUGAUAUGGAUGCACAAUUUGGAAACGGCUGGCAACUGCUUUGAUAGGUGAAAGGAGGGACAAUGUGCACGGAUACGCACGCACCCACCCACACAGCCUCCCAUCCACCAUUAUUGCCCCACGGCCUCUUCUUCUUCUUCCUCAUUCACUCCACUUCUUCCUUAACCAAGAAGAAGACAAGAGCGAGCAACAUCCGAGGAACACAAGAGCGAGCUUGGUCUGUUGUGAUGGGGAGCAGCAGCACAAGAACUUGCAGCCCACGGCGGCAGCAAGGAGGAGGCGAGGCGCAAGCUUGGUCGCCAAGAAAGCAAGCCAGGGGCCACCGCGGCUCGCUGACGCGUGGG